CACUUAGCGCACCCGAUAAUAGGAGCGCGUUAGACUCUUGAGAACCUCAUCAGUAUUGAGUUCUUUGCUGUUUGGGCGAUAAGUGUUGAUGUGAUUGGGAGCUCCUGACUCGCCAGUUUCAUGACUUUUCACCCAAAAAACACCCCAAAAAGGCACCGAAGGACGCGGAAGAGAAAAGAAGGAUCGUGUGGGGGGUCGGGAUGAGAUGAUCUUUGUGAAUUUUCUUAAAGUGAAAUAUUUUGUUAAACAAUAAAAGAAGAUCUUUUCUUAUCAGUGAAGAUCAGGUGGAAAAAAACAACAUUUUUUGUGCAAAAAGACUUGUUAAAGAAAAACGUGUGACACGUCCUGAGAAAUGCUCUCGACGAAAAGUGUCGAAAAAGUGUGGAAAAGCUCAUUUAGUGUGUUCAUGGUGUUUUCCCUCGUGAUACAGAAAUUCGCAGCUGGUUACACGAAUUACACAGGGAAUCCCUGCACGGAUAACAACCAUUGCAAAUAUCGUGAGAUUUGCAACGUAGAAAUUGGACUCUGUCAGUGCGAUGAAUAUUCCAUUCCGUACGAAUAUGCGGCUGGGAAGGAAUUCUGCAAACUCUGUCCACUUGAAGGGGAGCCAUGUGAGGAUAAUUGCUGCUACGGGGACAAUAUCUUCUGUAUCCGGGACGUUUGUACGGCGUGCAAGAGGAAGGACAAUGGGGCACUACUCUGUCCCAACGGGGGACAUCUUAUCUUCGCCACAGCCUCCCAGAUUGCCCUGUCAGCUGCCCUGAUAAUCGGCAUUGCAGCUCUGGCCACACUCCUCUUCCGGAUGUGCUCAAAGAGAUCACUGACGGACAGACCGCGAGGAAGGAGCUUCCUGAGUGAUGAAGGUGGAAGAUUUGCCUCAGAACGUGCCUCCCUUUCCUCCAUCCAAAUCCGCAUCCUCCAGCGUCUGCGGGAUCGACCGCCACGCUAUGAGAAUCGCCAAAAUUUUCGUUCUCAAUCACUGGAACCUGGCAUUGCGCCACCCUCGUACGAAUCCUCGGCGACUCCGUCAACAGAUACGGAGCUUCCGCCACCCUAUACAAUUGCCAUAGGAUCCCAUGCCUUCGACAAUGAAGGCUUCACCCCUUCAGAGGUUGCCAACGAUGUCUCCCCGCCCGAUGCAGCGGAAAGGAGACGACAUAGUAGCUCAGAAAUGAGCAAAUCGCAAUUACUUCUAGACAAUGAGAAAGCAAUUCACAUGUGAUGUUCUGUACAACCCCCAGGCUCUUUUAUCUGUUCCUUAGUUCUUAAGUUUUUAAUACAAAGAGAUAAAGAACUUCUUUUUUUUUUGCUAAAAUUAAGGUCUUU